AUCAGGCAUCGCAUCUUUGCAAAACCUAACCUUCAUUUCCAUUUUGUCAAGAAGAAUGUAAACAAGAAUUUAAUAAAUUAUAGUGAUAAUAAUAUUAAUAUAAUAGCAUCUAAGUGAAAAGUUUAUAAUACUGGCUAUUUUAAUUGUGAUGAGCUUUUAUCUUUGGAAUUUGAGUUUGAUUUUAGUGAUUAUGAAUAAAUCAGUACAUGAAUACAGUGAUUGUUUACAAUGUACUUGAUGAAAAGUCAGCGUUCCAAGAUGAAAAUUUUAAAUUACGUUCUUUAUAUAUUAUCCUUUAUUCUCGGAAGUACAAUAACGCUUUUCUUUAUUUCAAUUGAAGAUCGAGAUGGACUUGGUGAUGGAGACGUUUUUGCAAAAUUGAAACAUAAAGUCAGCUUACAAAACAUUUCCAACCGAUACUUUUUACUAAUUCUUAUCAUCUCGAAACCAGAUAACAUUGAGAGAAGAAACACUAUAAGAAAUACUUGGUUACAGUUUGUAAAGGAUGAUUCUUCUGUAAAGUCAUUCUUUGUGAUCGGUGCGGGCGGUUUAAAUGAUGCCCAGCAAAUGAAGUUGAAGGACGAAUACUCUGAAAAUAAAGACAUACUCUCCCUUACAUCAAUACCGGAUUCCUACGGGAAUCUGACCUCCAAGAUCUUAUCCUCAUUUGUGCUACUAGAAAAAGAAUACACCUUCAAAUUUUUACUAAAAUGUGAUGAUGACUCUUUUGUGCAAGCAUCAGUGAUUACCAAGGAGUUGAAGGCCAAACAUCGCGAUGAAGAAUAUUUAUACUGGGGAUAUUUUGAUGGUAGAGCUCAUGUCAAGCGCUCUGGAAAAUGGAAGGAAGAGGAUUGGUUUUUAUGUGAUCGAUAUCUUCCUUAUGCAUUGGGUGGUGGCUAUGUGUUGUCCGAGCCGCUCGUCAAAUUUAUUGCCAGAAAUGCUGAACUAUUAAAGAUGUACAAGAGUGAGGACGUGUCGGUUGGAGUAUGGUUAGCUCCGCUGAGCAUCAAGCGGUUGCACGAUCAGCGUUUCGACACGGAAUUCAUCUCGAGAGGCUGUUUGAACAAGCAUUUAGUGACUCACAAGCACUCCAACAGAGUGCUGAGGCAUUUAUAUUCAGAAACUGUGACGCAUGGAAGGAUGUGCACUCAGGAAGUGAUGUCGAGGCCCUCCUACAACUAUAACUGGCAGGCUCCUCCGUCGCUCUGCUGCAAUCGUAACGAAUCAACCAUACUUGUGCACUAGGAUGGGAAAGGACAUAAUCUGCAUACCUCUCUCUCGGGUAAUGAUGGAUUUGAAGACCAAUAUGUGAACAAAAUCUUUGAUUUGUCGAGAAAUACUCAAUCAUUAAUUCUGCAUACUGACGGAAAUUAUAUGCUUACUACAUUAUGACAUCACCUCAUCAGCCAGUUAUUGAGGAUGGAUAAUAUUACUGACUUAAACACUUCUAGAACUAUCAUCCAAGUGCUUAAACAUUUUGUGGGGAAUUUCUACAAAGAGAUGUGAAACGAUCAACCGGAUUUGCCAUUCGAUUCCUGAGUUCAAGUAGUAGGAUUUUUUUCAAGUGAGAAUUAUUACUCUCACAAAGGUAUGACAUUUAUUACUGUGUUCCCAUGUAAUGGAUUAAUUCACUUGCAAAUUAACGUACUAUAUUUCUCAAUUUAUCAUUAUAUAUUAUAUAAAAAUACUUUCCUUCAUAAUCAUGAGAAUAAUCAUAUCAAUUUCAGAUAUUGUCUUCUUUCUUUAGGGCUACUUUUAAUAUAAAUAAAAAUAAAUCUCAGUACCCUUUUAAUUUUUUUAAAAAUAAUUAAAAAUAAAAUGAUGACAAAAUAAUUUAAAACAGUACUGAGAUUUAUGUUUUUAUUUACAAUUUCAGAUGUUUGAUUAGUGAGUGAUAUUAGUUAGGGCAUUAGUUGUACAGUACAUUCAUUAAAGUAACUGUAAAUAGAUUAAAUUGAUGAACUGA